AUGACCGGAUUUACCUUGGCGAGAGUGACAGAGGAUAUGGCAACAGCUAUUAUGGAGUCAGAAUUAGCUCAAUUGAGCACGAGGGCUACAAAUCCGACUACAACGACCACUCUGGCCGGAUCGCCUGCUCAUCCAUACCAAGAUCAUCUGACAUUCCAUGCAACGGAUGAGGACUGUGGUGUAGAGAUCCUGGAAGCAGCCAGUCUGGAUUCAGUAACGUUCAUGUACAAAUCAGCCUCGCCAAUGCCCGACGCACACGAGUCUCCACGAUCUGAUGACCCCAGACAUCGGGCACGGGCAAUGGACAAGCUUCACGGCUAUCUCAAGCCAGCGGUUCAUGCAGGUCGUGAGAUCGUUGGCGGACUCGGCAUCAUCAGUUUCGCCUUUGACCUGAACGGUUGCGACAACAUCACGCCCUCGCCUUAUCAAGAUAGGUACAAUGGAAGAGGCCCCAGCGAGCCGCUUGUGUUACGAUGCCUGUCUGUGCCACAAGACAAUUAUGACUACGUACUUCCCUUCACACAUGAAGAAGCAGAAGCAUACGAUCUUUAUCUCGCCUUAGCCGAACACGAGGUGACAUAUCUGGCUGACGAUUGUGACCUCAUAUUGUCAUGGGUCCACGGCGAGAGUCUAGACAUCUUCAAUUAG